UGUAUGAGAGUGUGUGAAGCACUCCUUAGCACCCCCACCCCUCUCUCCCCGCACAGUUGUGACCUAUAAUUUUAAUGAAUGUUUUUUUUAUGAGUUUCACAACAAACUCAUGUCGGGAAAAGAAAAAUGUGAAACUAAUCUACGCCUGUUCUGAUAAAAACCUUAGGGCAUUUAGCCUCGGGGAUGCCUUGCUUGACCACACCCUCCUUCCUUGCUCCUGGCCUGCCUCUUCCACCAAUUUAUUUGUUUUUUUUUAUGGACAGAAAAGAGCAGAAGCUCUGAGCUGUCCGAUCAGGUCCAUUAUCUAUUGAUCAUUGCAUGAUUUUAACUACAUUGCCCUUCUGCCCCAGUUCAGGCUCUGCCUAAAAGAAAAUGCCGCAAAGUGUCGUAAAACAGUUCUCCAUGCAGCAGCUAGCGUACACGGUGCAAAGGGAUGGUGCUCUAAAAACACUCAUUUUCAAAUCGAACUUCAAAUGAAUGAAGAUUUUCCUCAAACAACUUGCAAGGCUAAAGCAUGGAGGACAUGGAAGACGAAUGUUUUGUUCUAAAUGACGACUACAACCAUAACUACUGUGCCAAUGGACAAGUCCUCUAUCUCAGGAACGAACUGUCAGAUGUACCCCAGCCCCUAUCUAUCUCGCCGGGUCUAGCCACGCGAGAUGUAGCUGCGCAGGAGAACCACUCAAAGGUUUGUUCCAGUUCCAGCAGCGGUUUAAAGUUCAUGGAUUCAGACUCGAGCAGCGUGAGUAGUGACACCAGCGAGACUGACAGCCCAUCGUCGGCUUCCAUCGCAGGGAAACUGACCCUGAACUCAGCCUCAAAGUUUCUAAUGAAUGCAAUGACCGAAGAGGACUAUAGAACAACAUACUGGCCGAACCUGGAGAAAGCCAUUGACCACCUGCUGAUCCAAAACCCCAUGGACCACAUCUCCAUUUCAUAUGAGCAGAUAUACAGUUGUGUGUACAAGUGUGUUUGUCAACAGCACUCUGAGCUACUGUACAAAGACUUAAUGCUGAAGAUUACUACCCAUCUUCAACAAGUCUCUUCUGAUCUUCAAAUUAGUCCACCAGGGAAUUUCAUUGAGAAUUUCAACGUUGCUCUGAGUCGGUACACAGAUGCUCUUCAAUGCAUAGUUCCCGUAUUCAUCUACAUGAAUAAGUUCUACAUUGAAACGAAGCUAAACCGAGACCUGCGAGAAGAUCUCAUGAAGCUUUUUACUGAUCAUGUUGCAGAAAAACAUGUGAACAGGUUAAUACCUCUUCUCCUUGAAGCCCAUUCCAUGCCUUUUCAAGUCAGACCUUCAACAAUGGCCAGUGUGGUCAAAGGCCUGUAUACUCUUUGGCCUGAUUGGGCACAUUUAGCCCCAGCUGUCUUCUCUGGAUUCAUUCCUCAAAUCAACCCCCCAACAGUGGAAUCCCAGCUCUCUGACUAUGCUGCUCGUGACCAGAAACUACAAAUGGAUCUAUCUCUGAAUGGUUUUCCCAGAGGUGACCAGUCUCGCAAGAGAGCCAGCGAGGAGUCUGCAUAGAAUGCUCUGACCGUCAGCGACCUGGCUCAACCCAAAUUGACAAAACACUGUGAAUGACGAAGAUUUUUUGAUGCUGAGUGAAGUGGGGUGAGCGUAAGCAUGGGCUCAUUUUUGACCCACGAGAGUUGUAGUGGACACUGUUUCUUUGCCUCUUCUGAAAAGCACAGUGAAUUCAUGAUGGUGCAUCGUUGUUCUUUCAGUUUCUGAGGAUAAAUUCAUCUUCAUUAUUGUUGAGAUACUACGAGGUUUAAUGGGUUUGUUCUUAUUUUUCCAUUAAAGUGUGCCUUCUGCUCUGCUUUGUUGGGAUAUUCAAGUUGCCUAACAGGUGCCAUUUUAGGCUCCCGAGUGGCGCAGCGGUCUAAGGCACUGCAUGUCAGUGCUAGAGGCGUCACUACAGACCUGGUUUUAUUCCAGGCUGUGUCACAACCGGCCGCGAUUGGGAGUCCCAUAGGGCGGCGCACAAUUGGCCCAGCGUCGUCAUUGUAAAUAAGAAUAUGUUCUUAACUGACUUGCCUAGUUAAAUAAAAAAAUAAAUACAGUAACAAUUUUAAAAAACAGGUGGAUGGGCAUGAAUCCCAGUUUGACCACAUAUUGUAUACUGUGUCAAUCAUGGGUCGUGUUCAUUAGGGCAUGCAGCAAAAAAAAAUAAAAGACAAAUAUAUUUUACAAUGGAAAACUAAAAGGAUUGUUUCUGAUUGGACAAAUCUAGGUAGUCCCUCCCGUUUCCAUUUUUUGUUUUGUUCUUCCUUUUUGUUCCUAAUGAACAUGGCCCUGAUCUCUAACCAGGACCACCCGGAUCUCUUAUUGAUCUGAUUGAGUAACUGACAGUCUGCUGCUGCUGCUAUUCCUCAUUUGUUGUUGUGUAGAACACUUGAUUUAUGUCUCUUGUUUAACUAAUAUUGUGUCCCUUUUGUAUCAGUCAGGUCUGUCUUGAUUCUCCCCAGUGAUUUUUAAGCUAAAGGGGCUUGUCUUGGUAAUCUCGGCACACAACUAAAUGUCCCACUAGUCGACUUAACAUUUUAAAUGUCUAUCAUGGCAACUUUAAACCAAUCCACCUCCAAGUCUUGUUUAUCUGGAACUUACAGAAUAAAAUAUGGCCGGCAUAACAUAGGAUUUCUUUCUCAAUGGGUACAAACAGCAACAAUGCAUGUUCCGUUACAUUUUGAGUAAAAUGUAGGUUAUAACUGUGAAAAGGUUGUGUAGGUAAUUUUUUUAAAGGAUUACAUUUCGCUUUUAUUGAGUUGUUGUCUAACCAAAUCCUAUUUGCCAAGCAUGCUAAAGAUGAUUCACAAUGUUUUUAUUCCCUGUUAUUAAAAGUUGCAUUGUGACUCCAGAAAUGACGGCGUCAGUCUCCCCAUGUUGCUGCUGUAUCUGCAUUAGCCUGUGCAUUAUACCAAGUCACUGAGCCAAUUGAUUACAAUCACAUUUUGAAAAUGUUGUGAAUUUGGUUCAGUGAUAAUGUCAAAUGAUGUACAGUAGGUGGAUGUCGAAUGAUCCCUCUGUUCUCUCAAGUUGCCCAGAUGAUGUAAACGGAUCCAGUCACGGUGUGAUGAUCAAUUUGACCUUUGUUACAUGUUUAUGUUGAAUGAAAGUAUUUGAUACAGCUCUUUGCACUGUUUUAAGUGUAAUGUGACGCUCGAGCUUGGUUGUGGUUUGUUUUCCUGUGAGGAUGUUGGAGAUGACUCACUUAUUGUCUUAUGUACAGUUUUACUUUCAAUAAACAAAUCUUGAAAAUGA